AUAUUAUUUUGUAUCUCGUCGUUGAUAUGUUAUGUACGACGGAGUUUAGGAAUUCAAUACACAAAUAUUAGCACAUAAUGGCGAGUUUAAGAGAAUCAGCCGAUCGAGCUUUAAAAAUGUUACGCAGUUUGCCUAGAGUGCAACUUGGCAAUUUGAGACCGAACCCGAAUUCUAAGAAAAAGUCAAAACGCGGCCGUGCGCAACAUGGGGGUGAUAAACAUGGAGCCGGCAAUAAGGGUUCUGGCCAACGUCAGAAUUACAUGCGCCUUGGUUAUGAAACUGGUAAUAAUCCGUUCUACUUACGGUUUCCCUAUGAACCGUAUUACAAAGGUCAUCACAUGAGGCGUCAAUAUCCACCAAUUUCUUUACUGCAAUUACAAGUUAUGUUGGAUACAAACCGAAUUGAUUCUACUAAGCCAAUCGAUUUGACAACUUUAUAUAAUACCGGUCUGUUCAAAUUGAGUCCAACUUCUAGGGAGUUUGGUUUUCAAUUAACAGAUGAGGGGGCUGAUAAAUUUAAGUCUAAGAUAUGCAUAGAAGUUCAACAUGCAAAAGAAUCAGUCAUAGCCACAAUUGAACGAAAUGGUGGUGUUAUACGCACUGCUUUUUAUGAUUUGAAAAGCUUGCAAAUGUUAAUUAAUCCUAGAAAGGCGUUCGAAAGAGGUGAACCUAUACCUAAAAGGAUGAUGCCACCUCAGGAUGCUAUUGCUUACUAUACAGCCGCUGAAAAUCGAGGUUACUUAGCCAAUCCUGAAGAGAUUAGCAAACACCGUUUAGUCUUAGCGCAAAAAUACGGUUAUAAGCUACCUAAGAUUGAAGAAGAUCCUGAAUAUGAGACACUUACCGCAAUGAAGGAUGCACGUCAAAUAUUCUUCGGUCUUGAGCCAGGCUGGGUAAUAAGCCUCAAAGAUAAAUGCAUUAUCAAGCCGAAAGAUUUCCCUCCUGAUAGUUAAUUCCAAAUUCAUCCAAAAGUUUUUAAAAAAAGAUUUCCCAAUAAUCUUGUUCUUGUACAUCAGUGCAAUUUUCAGUAAAACGUUUAUUGUGAGAA